ACGUGACCCCGCGGAGGUGGAAGUGGACUCUGACCCACCGGCGGACGCCUCCUCGUGGAGGCGAAGGAGAGAGAGGCCCGAGGUGAGAAGGUUCCUGAGCAGGAGGAACGUGAAGGGUGUCUCUGAGCGUGUGCAGAGUGCCUCCCUGGCCACGGCACUCCUGGCUGCAGGGCAGAGCAAGCGAAGCCGGUUAGAUCUGCCAGUCCCGAGACUGAACUUCUGCUUUAUUACCUGCUCAUAUUCCGAGAGUUAACUUUCUCCCCCCAGCCAGCCACUGGGCCUGGACAAAACGCCGAGAUGAUGGCCCGUGGCCGGCAGAUCUUUUCCAUCUACUGGAAGCCGCUCUUCCAAGGCCGCCUCCUGCUGGUCACCAACACCGUCAGCUGUGGGGGGCUCCUGGCCACUGGGGACACGCUCCGCCAGGCCUGGGAGAUGAGGCAGGACCCCAAGCGCAAGCGGGAUCUGGCCCGCACAGCGCGCAUGUUUGCCAUCGGAUGCAGCAUGGGCCCGCUAAUGCACUUCUGGUACCUGUGGCUCGACCGCAGCUUCCCCGCUGCUGGCUUCAGCGGGAUCCGCAGUGUCCUCAAGAAGGUUUUCAUCGACCAGAUCGUGGCCUCCCCGGCGCUGGGCGUUUGGUACUUCUUGGGGAUGGGGUCUCUGGAGGGGCAAACACUGGAUCGGAGCUGGCAAGAGUUGGAGGACAAUUUUUGGGAGUUCUAUAAGAUGGACUGGUGCGUGUGGCCCCCAGCGCAGCUGAUCAACUUCCUCUUCCUGCCCGCCACAUACCGGGUGCUCUACAUGAACGUCAUCACCCUCGGCUGGGACACCUACCUAUCGUACCUGAAGCACCGGCCUAAGCACCCAUCCCUCAGCCUGGAGGAAGAGGCCGAAGGCGACACAGUCGAGAUCGAAACGACCGGGUGAAUGCGGGCCACGCGCUUCCGCCAAGGUUGGAUCCGGGACUCCCUGGGCACUGGGAAGCAGGUGCCGUC